UGUUUGCUUAUAAACAGAUUGAGUUUUACUUUGGAGAUUCUAACCUCCAAAAGGACCGUUUUAUGAAACAGGAGAUAAAUAAACACCCAGAAGGAUAUGUCAAUAUCUCAACCAUUGCCAGUUUCAACAGAAUGAAACAGAUUACAAAUGAUUUAAACCUUGUGGUUAAAGCAAUGAAAACAUCUUCAAUGCUUGAGGUCUGUGGUGAUGACUCAAUGGUCAGGCGAAAGACUCCUGUUCCUGAACCACGGAAUGUAGAUAAAGAGACUAUUUAUGUUGAAAGACUUCCUCCAUAUGCUGAUCAUGACUGGGUCAAAGAAAUUUUCAGCAAGUAUGGAAAAGUAGUUUACAUCAGCAUCCCAAGAUUCAAACACACUGGAGACAUCAAAGGAUUUGCCUUUGUAGAAUUUGAAUCUGCUAAGGUGGCUCAAGAAGCAGUUGAGGUUUUUAACAAAGAAGGAAGAAUAAAACAAAGUAGUGAACCAGAAAAGAGUGAAAAUGGUGUCAAUGCUGAACAGUCAAAUGAACAACACAAGGUGACGAAACCAAAACGAAAACGCUCUCAUAGCGAGUCAGAAGUGGACGGACAAAAAACCAGCCGUGAAAGGAAGAGGAAGAGAACUACAAGUGAAUCUUCGGUAGAUUCUGAGGCCAACGAGCCGCUGAUAGAUGUGAGGCCGAGUGAUGGAGGCAAAAGAAAAGGUAAAGAAUGUAAGAAGACUGAACAAGAUGGCGGUGAAAGAGCAGAAAAUGGAGAGAAGGGAUGGAGAGACGCGGACGGAAAGGAUAAAAAGGGAAAGAAGUUUGUUCGGUGGCAGGAAGAUGAUGAACAACGGAACAGCGAUAAAAAGGAGAGCGGGGAAAAAUCUCGCAAAAGAUCCCAUGAUGAUUCUACAAGCGGCGAAGAGAGCGUGGAGCAGAAACGACAGAAGAUGAUUGACAAGUCGGAUAUGACCUCGAAAAAGGCUUCUGAGGAGAGUGGCGAAGAUGAAACUGUUGAGGGAGACAAGAAACACAAGAAAAGGAAGAGGAAAAAGAAGGAGAAGAAAGAAAAUAAAUUACCACACUUAAGAGUAAUCUCUAAGUUAGAAUGGCUCGAGCUGAAAAAGGAGUAUAAAACCCUGCAACGCGAAGCCAUGAAGAACUUGAAAAAACAACUGCAAGAAAAAAUUCCCGUCAACUCCAGUCAAGCUGGAAACAAACCUCUAAAGUCAACACAAAACAGAGCUGAUGCGUCAUAUAAGGAGACCGAAGAAAAGUCCUCACAAGAUGGUGGCGCAACUGUAAAGACGCUAUCGUACACUCCAGGAGUUUUGUUAAAGUUCCAUUGUCAAGGUCGUGGAAUGACCAAAAAAGAGUUGAGGGAGAAAAUUUCAUGGUCUGCUCCCGUGGCGUAUUUAGAUCUAGAAGAAGGCAGUGUUGAGGGUUAUGUUCGUUUUCAUACGGCAGAAAAUUGUAACUUGGUGCUGAAAAAAAUGUCAUCUGCAAACGAUGAACUGCAGCUCAACAAACUGACGGAGGAGGAAGAAAAAUCUUAUUGGGAAAAGAUAAAUGCUGAUCGUAUGAGUAGAUAUAAUUCUAAGAGGGAGAAAAAAAGAGGAACCGAAAAGGUAGGAAUUCUUGAUUUAACAGAUUCUAUCCUGAUUUAGAACGUUCGUAAUUCU